UGAUUCGGCAGAUUCCCGGGAUGUGGUACCGGUCAUAAACCCAGCCGGGACGCUGUUGGGAGGCGCUCUAGUUUUGGGUUGGCUGAUUGCGUUAGCAACUCGGCUAACAGAUAGCCCGCUAACACUAGCGUUUAUUCGAUUGAAAAGCCGCGAUCUGCGUAUAGUUCGUCACCAAGGACGCUGUAGCAUUUAACUUUCGUAUUUUUCACGAUGACACAGGGCCACCGGUUAAGUUUCGUCCUUCCUUUUACACCGGUAUGCAGUGUCAGACAGACCAAACGUCCAGCGAGGCUGUUUGCUAAUGUUUGCUGUGAGCUAUUCAAGCACAGGACGCCAAUUGUUUUCUUGUGCGGACAAACUCGGACUGGGAACAGCCAGCUGGAAGUUGUUCGGCAAAACUGCACGCAGCGCAGUUUUAACGUUAGCCAGCGCGUCGGUAUUUAGGGUUUCGUACUGACGGGGUUUUUGUUUUAUUCUUGUUGUCGUUUUCACAACUUUCUCCAUGACCAAAAACGUCUUGUGCGGCGGAAGAAAGCGUGAAACAGCUGAGUUAGCGCAUGUUUCACACACCGUCAUUUACCUUCUAGGGUGUGUGUGCGGCUCUUUGGACCCUUUGUUUCCGUCACCGUGCACAGCUCUCCGUGUUUGUUCAAACUAAUCCCACAGCUUCCUACUUUUAAAACUCGUGCUUGCUUUGAUGUUGUAAGAGGUGCAGUACAUUCGGCGAUCAGUUUCACUGUUUCACUAUUGCUGCUACGUUUUUGUGUUUUCUAAUAAUUUUGAAGCAUAGUUUAUUUAUUAGUAUUUUCAGUGUGCCAAAGUCCAGGCCUAAUUUUGCAGUAAUCGUGGACUUUGGCCUUCAGAAGUUGGGGUUGGUCUUAAUUUUGGUUUAUGAAGUUUAUAAAACUGCGACAGACCUUCAUUACAGCUGCAAGUAGUGGACCAUAACCUUUAAUUCACAAAGACCUCUUUUCCACUUGUCCAGUGCCUAAUCUAGAGCUGGUUCAAUGCAUUCCAGUAAAGGGGGGGAGAGGGAUGACUACUUUCUGUGCCAGAAAAGUGUGAACCAGCUCAGCGCUGCAAAUUUACUGGUUGUAAAAGUUGGAAGGGGCUUUAGCUAGAAAGUAACAGUAUUUGCCAAAUAAGCCCCAGGAUUUGUCUGCUGUGAUUGUCUUUUUUCUUUAAGCUAUGUAACAAUCAGUCCUCAAGCCUUUCAGAGCUGGACUGGCUCUGUGUCGGUGCAAAAGAGGUAAAAGAAGUCAUGAUGUGCUCAAACUCUACUCUCAUGCUGCAAUGCCAAUCUCCAAGCUCUUUUAGCUCCAACCUAAAAGCUUUGUAAUCAAACAGGGACUGCUAAUUAUUCUCACUAACUUCUGCAACCCCAUUUUCAGGAUUAUCCUCUCCCAUCCCCCUUACCCCCUCUGUCAGAGCAUGGCUCAGGAGACCAAUCAGACGCAGGUGCCAAUGCUUUGCACUAUGGGAUGCGGUUUCUAUGGUAACCCCCGCACCAACGGCAUGUGCUCGGUCUGCUACAAGGAACACCUGCAGAGACAACAGGGAGGGGGGCGGUCCAGCCCCCCUGGAGAGAAAGCUGCUACUUCACCAGCGGGAUCACCAGGAUCGGCCGGUGCAACUGUGGAGAGCACAACCUCAGAGCCCAGUACAGAGGUGGCAGGAACCCCACCUGAGGAACAAACAACCAGUCCCAGCUCCACCAGCCCAGUAACUCAACAGAUGACAGCUAUGAGCAUCUCCCAGGAUUCAGGAGCUGUGGAUUCUGAUCGAGCAGAAGCCGAGGAGGGUGAAGAGGAGGGUACUUCAAACAGCACAGAGCCAGUCGGGGAAGCUGCGCAGGCUUCGUCUGAUGGCGACCAGACUCCUGAUAAAAACAAGAAAAAGAAUCGCUGCUUUUCUUGCCGGAAGAAAGUAGGACUUACUGGUUUUGACUGUCGCUGUGGCAACCUGUUCUGCGCCAUCCAUCGUUACUCCGACAAACACGACUGUCCCUAUGAUUACCGGAGCGCAGCCGCUGCCCAGUUACGCAAGGAGAACCCCAUCGUAGUGGCUGAGAAGAUUCAGAAGUUAUGAGGACUGAGAGCAAAAAAGAAGUUUCUGACUUUGUGAAUUUGAACAAUGGCGACUUGGAUGAAAACACCUGAUAUCGUGGCUUCAUUUGUUCAUGGUAGUGUAAAGCGGGCGGGGUGGGGGUGGUGCGGUCGCAGCCACAGUCCAGACACUUCCCUUACUAGCAUCUCCCUCUCUCUCCACUUGUGACUGCAGCGCGCGCGUGUGUUUGUAUGAAAGUGUGUGUGUGCGUGCACAUUUGCUUGAGAGCUGGGGAGAGAGCCAUGAGGGCUUGGUGGACAUUUGUUUUGCCGUGGGAAGGGCAGGAAUUUGAUUUUUACCCCUUUUGUUUUUUUUGUUGUUGUUGUUUUUCCACUUAGCGGGAUCGUGUGAGUGUAUUUUUUUAUACAAUCCCUGUAGGUAGCUGAAAUGAACGAGGAUAAGCUGUUAAGGAAUGUGUCAAUCGGGAUAAUGACGGAAACACAUUUAGGGGGUCUAGUGACACAUGUAUCAGCAAGACCUUUAAGGGCUUUGGAAUAUAGUAUUUUAUCCCAGACUGAAAAAUGAUGUCAACUACUUGUCAAAUUGGCAACUCCAAAGUCUGAGUUUUCCACAUGCGUCUCUCUUUGAUAUGUAGGCCUGUAUGGAUACUGGGUGCAUGAACAGUCAUUGGAAGGGGAAAGCCGGGGAGGGAAACAAACAACCUUGACUUAACUGUGUGAUUGAAUUCUUUUUUUUCUUCUUUAUUUUAAUGAGCGUAUGACAUCAGAAGAUCUAUAUUAAUAUAUUGUAGUUAGCUUGAAUUGUGUGAUUGCAUUCUAUUUAUUUUUUAUCGUUUGGUUGGUCUGUGCUGGAGGAUUGGCAGCAUGUGUCCGCGAAUCUUUAACGAUUUGCUCUUAACUUUUUCUUCGAUUAUAUUUAAGUAAUUCCAUCCUGAUUAUGUAACCAGUGAAGAAGAAAAUGCGCGCCCAAGCUCUGACGCGACGGAGCGGAGCCCGGCCGAGCCGCUCGGAGGGAGCGAGCGCAGUAGGAUGUCAGUGAUUAAGGCUUUGGGUAUGAAGCACAACGACGUAUGUCCGCUGCAGAGCACAAGCUACGGUGCCACGCCCGCUCAGUUUUGUUCAGCAUUCGGGUCACUUGCAGUUUAUAUCCGAGCUGUAUCGCAGCCUUGCUGAUGAAAUUGCCUUGUCGAGUUGCUGAGAUUUUCUUCUUCGGUAAGGCGGCACGCUCGCCUCGAAUGACCUUUUAUGUUCUUCGGAGCCGGUAUGAAGCUCCACGUUUCUCCUACCACCAGCAGACCACUGACACAUGCUGAAUGAAAACUGACCCGGGUCGCAGUUGCUCUCAUAGACGAUGACGUACGUUCUGCUCAGCGUUGCAGUGCUGCAGAGUUGCGUGCUGUGCUUUUACAGUGUGCUCAGACUGCUUCUAGCUAGCUUCUUCUAGGAAGAUCAGUCCCACGUGCAUGUGUGCAGUCAAACACGCGUUGCUGUUUUGUGACUGCGUAGUUUGAAAUGAAGCUGGAAUGUUUAAAAAGCCGCACAGCAGUAGCACAAUGCAUGGCCGGAACCGUAAGGUUCCCAUUAACAGGACUCUGUUUUUUUUUUUCCUCAAAUGUAAAUACCAUACAGCUCCUCUUCUUAUAGUAUAACCUCAAUGUAGAUUUUUGCCAGGUAAUAAAGGUGGGGAAUUAAGGCAACAAAUAGUACUCUCUGUAUUAAAGUGCUUUUCAUAAUUAUCCGAAAAAAAUGUGCUACAACUAGCACUGAUGUUUUCCCCAUCUUGUUUCCUCAUUAAUUUUUCAGGUUUUUACGUGUAAUGUUCAAAUUGUUUAAUAACCACUAGUAUCCCCUGCAGGCCACAUGGUUUCUAUUUUACCAUACUAGCUACACUCUUAACCAGCCCCCCCCCCCCCCCGAGCUAUAUUAACGUUGCUGAAUAACAGAGUAUCUCAGUCAGUGCUUUUAUCCUGUUACUGAUUUGUAGCAAUAGCGAUAUUACUGAAAGUUUAAAGGGCCCCAAGCAAGAAAUAGAGGGUUCAUCUUUUCAUUAUUAAAAGCUUUCCCUGUAAAUGUUGCUUGAUGCGGUUCAUUAUAUAUUAAUGAAAGCUGGAGAAAAGUUGCAUUUGAAUUUUCAGAGAAUGCAAUUUAAAAAAUAAUCCACCGCAAAAGGCGAGGGAGUGGAAUGACACUCAUCCGUGUGUCGGCUUAGUUCUGCCUCUUCUGAUUGAAAAAGAGCCUUCGUGGAGUCUUUGUGUUAAUGGCCGACUUGGCAUGCCAACGGCGAGACGCUUUGCCGUGGAUGAGUUGAGCCCGUAGUGACGGUGAUUUAACUUCUUCCAGCGUCACACCUACAGUGUAAAUUUCAAAUUGAGAAGGUGUUAACUGUGAUGUUCAGGGGGACGAGUGGUUGGUGCUGCUCUGCAGUUCGUUGUGUUUUAGACACAGAAUUCUCAGACUUGGGUUGAUGAUUAUAAAACAUCGUUGCAUACGGUAAGCUCGGUUUUCCUUUACAGAUUAAUUGUCUCUUCAUAGGAGAACUUUCCUGCGAUGAUUGUUCAGUUAUGUAAAUCAUGGGGGGUCGCAUGGUUUACGCUCAUUUUCUAUUGACUGCUCAUAUCAGUGCUCCAAACGUUUCAGCAUGUUUUUCCUGAUAAAUGUGAGCAGUUUGAAUGUAAACCACCACAAGUCACACGAUAAGUCGCGUUGCCGUCAGACUGACUGUCCGUUGGCCGACGAUGGUUGUCUUUAUGUGAUUUGAGACAUUUGAAUCAUUCAAAUCUUUUGACUGUUUGACUUGCCACCAGCAAUUAGGGCUACGUGACCUGAGUAACUGAGAUAUUAUCAGUGCAUAUACUUGUGUUUUGGUUUUUUUCCCCCUUUUCUGUUGCAUUGAUUAUUGUUUUAUGUUCUCACACCUUUCAUAAUCAGUGUCUUCAUCAUGCAAGGGUUUUGAUUGAGAAUAAUAAACUUGUGAGUUAGGAUGAAUUUUCUUCAGCUUCACUGCAGGAAUAAAGACAUAUUAUUCUGUCUUUCAAGAUGAGCUUUAGGGACUUGAGAUGAAAUCUACGAUGUUCACAGAGGUGUAGUUGCCGUCCCUUGGCACUCCAGUCCCCCAGAAACACCACCAGAUAUCUUUUUAUUUUAUUUUUUCUUUUAAGAGUUAGGAUUGUAUGAUGUGUAAGAGUAAGUAUAAACAAUAAAAUCACAAAGUUUAUUUUAAUUUA